CAUGUACCCCAGUCGAGAUGAUGUGUUGAAGAUGAGAACCGUGGAUGGAACUCUGCUGUACAAAAUGUCGCUUGACAACGUUUAUGGACGUUUCGCUAGUCGGGAGGCUUACAGAUACAUCUCUGAAACCAGUGGGUGGGCUGAAACUGUUGGCACACACGGAGCCCUCGACGGUCCAACAAUCUCCUUGUCAUACCCUGUAGCAACAGGGCCACCCGAUGAAGUAGUGACAAUAGAUGGUGGAAUGGGGAAGGUGCCACUGACUUUAAUGGAGAACUUCCUGAAUACAAGCACGAGCCACAAGCUCCACCUGAACCACCAACUGCUGAAGAUAGAGAAGAGGCAGUAUGGAGGAUACAACCUCAGAUUCAGAAAGACUCAGACAACUGACGGAAUUACAACUCCAAUACAGCUGGGUAACAAGGAAGUGACCAGGUGCGCCAGGAAAGUAGUACUUGCUGUUCCUCAGAGAUGUAUACAAGAGAUUGACUUUCCACAGUUCCAGAACAACCCAGAGAUUGUAAAGAACAUGGACUCACUCGUUGGGCACCCUGCUGGCAGAAUAUAUCUUGCCUACAACACCAAAUGGUGGAAGACCGGCAACCCUGACAUCACUCAUACCAGGAGUGAUCUUCCCAACAGACAGACCUAUGACUGGUCUACCGGCACAAACAACGUCUCCAUCAUCAUGGCGUCCUACCACAACGGGGACUUGGCCCACUACUGGCGAGAGUUGAGUCAAUUCGGGACGCCAAUCCCUGGCAGUCUCCCCGGAGUGAAUGCUGUAACAGACGUCGUCAAGAACAGAGCUGAGAAGUACUUAAGCGCCAUCUACAACGUCAGCCAAUCUGAUAUCCCCGAAGCUGUUGGAGGCGCAAUGAUGUUGUGGGACAAAUAUCCUUUCUACGCUGGAUGGUCUGAUUUCAAACCAGGCUUUGACGACAGAAAAGUUCGUGAGAUGUUGUAUAAACCAUCCUCCUCCGAUGAUGUAUACCUAGUCACUAAUUCAUGGGCAUAUGGUGGUCUUCGAGGAUGGUCCGAGGGAACGCUUCUGGCUGCUGAUGUUGUUAUCAGCAGAUAUUUCCAGGACCGGAAAUAACCACGUUUGCGUAGAUUCUUUCUCUUCUGUCGUGACAAGAGGUC